UCCACCCAGUUUCACUAACUUUGACCUUGGUGACAUUUAUAGUUACACAAUGGGUUAAAGGUUAAGCUCGUGCAGUUUAUAAAUCAAGUAUGAUCUAGAGUGUUUGCAUAUGCAAUUUAUUGCUUACACCGAAAUGAGCCCACACACUAAAACCCACACAUGGCGCGCGGCGACGAUUUCAUCGCCGUUGCACUUUAUACGGAAUAUCACGGCGGCGACGACGGCGGCAAAAAUGCGCUUGGAGUGCCCAUAUAAUUUCUAUCGCAAUAAAAGAAAAAGAACCGCGGCGUAAAUUUCUCUCUCUCAAAUGGCAAGGUCGCCGUUACGUCGUCGCGCCGUAACACGCGUGUUCGAGUCGAUGUCUCAAAGCUGCGGCUGCGACGCAGAGGGAAGCAACGACGGAGGUCCAGUCCGGCCAACGAAACUGCUCACAACCGGCCAACGCUCGCUUCAACGGCAGGAAAAGAAAGGGAGAGGGUUAAGCUGGCGCCGGGACGGUGGCGGGCGCGCACGGAGACAGUCGAAGGUGGGGAGCUACGAGGCAGUUGAGAGGGAGAGUGAGGGGAGCCACCGAAGCGACGGGGUCACCUCUGCUGAAGCCAAAUCCGCUUCCCUGACGCCCUCCUCCCUCACCUUCGACGUGUCCGCGCGCGUCCGGCGCCGCCGUGCUGGCGCCGCCCGCUCCCUACAGCAUCGUUUUCUGCGGCCAACGAGCGUUGGCCGACGUGGGCAGUCUCGUGGCCCCUACUCGCCAUCUGCUUGCGCGCCGUGAUAUAUGGGGGCCUUGCGCUGGAGUUUGAGGUAUAGUAGCGGCGCCUGGCGGCGGCGAAAAACGUCAUCUGGGUAGUACCAGCUUGCGUAGUACUGAGCCGUGGCUGUGGCGAAGCGCGUUUCGAGACCGAGUUUUGCGUCGAUUCGCACUUUUUUUCGGCCCUGUUUCGAGUGCGAAAAGGUUUGUCACUUCUCACAGACCACGCCGACCACGCUGCAAGCUGGUCGCAGCCUAUAGUUUAACGAAAACGGACUCUCCGUGUGCCGCGGGACGUAAUGCUGGAAGCAGAAGACAUCGGCGACGCCGAUUCGGAGAGACCUAGCUCCACCUCGAAAAAGCGUCACCGUCGUUACUGCUGCGUCGUGGGCUGCCAUGAACAAGAAGGCCUGAAUCCCAACAUCAGAUUCUACCGUUUUCCUUCAAGGCCUCACGAAGCGGAGCGUCGGGCGCGCUGGAUAACUGCAGUUCGUCGCGCUGGUCUCGACGGCAAACCGUGGGAACCAACGCCGAACACCAGGAUAUGCAGUCGCCACUUUGUGGGCAACGAGAAAAGCAAUUCGGUCAGUCACCCCGCGUAUGUGCCUACAGUCUUCCCCGCGGUCUACAACAGGCCUCUUCCGCCUGACUCUUCAAGUCACAUGGAACGGUUUCAAAGGUGGCAGAAAAGGGACCUGAAGCCGAGUUCCUGCGCUUCUGGGAGCAACGUACCAGAUAUACAAACUGCAUCUGAGGAAACCUUCGAGGCGAGAAGCGAAAAUGUAAGCUGAAAAUUUUUCUCCGCAGAACUACUCGCCUUGGUGGUGUAUAAUUAUGGCGUUUCUGAACGUUAUUACUUCCUUCACAUUACAAACCUGUAGCUAUUAAUGUCUUUACAUUUUCGCACCUUUUAUUUACCGUGCAGCCAUCAACUCACACUGAGCAACAGAAGCCUGCAGAGUGUUCAGACUACACUGGAGCUCUUGCUGACCAGACAACAGCAGACAUACAUGGAGGUUUUCCCCCUGCAUCAACUCGUGAUGAUGAAGGCUGCCCCAGUCCUAUGAAAGAGGAUUUGACUUCCGCAGGUACCUUGCGACUUGAAACAUCAGCCCAAACUGAUGACCAGCAGAUGAUUACACGCGCGGUUGGACCGCACACAAGGGCUUGCUACUUUGCUGGAUAUGAAAGUAUUGUAAGUGCCCCUGAUGCACUACGAAGUUUGUGUGGGGUGGACAGCAAUGCGUUUUCUUUAUUGCUUAGUCUUUUGCCAGCUGUCAGGGAAAGAACAACCGAUGUAACGCUUGAAAACAAACUUCUCAUGUUUCUCAUGAAAAUGAAACUAGGAGUAUCUUUUGCGGCCAUUGGUGUCAUGUUUGGGGUGCAUGAGAGCACUGCCUGCCGUAUAUUUUAUUCAGUUCUGAACACAUUGGCAGAAAUAACCAAAGAUUGGAUUUAUAAGCCCCCUAUUGAAGAUAUAAAACUUUCACAGCCUGAAUGCUUCAAGAAAAAUUAUCCAGAGUGCACUUUGAUCAUUGACUGCACUGAAAUUAGAACCGAAACACCAUCCGAAGUCAGGCAGCAGCAUAUGCUGUUUUCUUCAUACAAGAGUUGCUACACACUAAAAUUUUUAGUUGGAAUUAUCCCAAAUGGAAUGAUUGUUUUUGCAUCUGAGCCUUUCGGCGGACGGUGCUCUGAUACACAAAUCACUCUUGAUUCUGGUUUUCUUCACAUCGUUGAACCAGGUGACAUGAUCUUGGCUGACAAAGGUUUCCCUGGUAUCCGUACAGAGCUUGCUCACAAAGGAGUAGUCAUGAUCAUGCCACCCUUUUCAGCUGGAAGUGGCAUUCCAUUUUCUCCUGAAGAAAUGGAGCAAACCUAUAGCAUUGCAUCUGUGCGCGUUCAUGUUGAAAGGGUGAUUCAAAGAAUUAAGCAAUACGGCAUCCUGAAACAUCACAUCCCAAUUUCACUAGUUUCGUCUAUGAAGGAGGUUUUCCGUAUGUGCUGUGUUUUGGCAAAUCUUCAACCUCAUAUAAUUGCAAUGACAUGAGCACAAUGACAAGAAUGUGCCCUUUUAAUUUGGAGUUCACUAGGUGUGGUCUGUUUCCCUGGAUGCAUCAAUCUAUGAGACUUACAAGCUGCUCAUAUGCUGUGAAAGACGCUGUUGUGGAGGGCUGUGGAUAAAUUUUGACCAUCUGUGGUUCUUUAAUCUGCACUGAUACUAAACCUCAGAUGGGUUUUCUUGCAUUUUGUCUGCAUUAAAAUGUACUCACUGCAACAGGGUGCACUGCAACAGGGUGCAACAGGGUCCCAAGGUCUUCCAAAUGGAAAAAGAUGCCUGAAGAGAUAGUGUCCACAUUAUCUAUAAUGAUGCAUAUUCUUUCCUUGCCAUCAUAUUUAUGUGUACAUGUAUGGUGGUGUUCUUGUUGUAAUAUUCUUUUUUUUUCACUUGCGGUAGUAUUCUGCAUGUUUUUUUUUUU